CCUUGCUCUCGGCCGCCCUGUGCAGAUCUCAGGAAGCAGGCGAGGCAGCUGGAGAACGAGCUGGACCUGAAGCUGGUCUCCUUCAGCAAACUCUGCACCAGCUACAGCAGCACCCGAGACGGAAGGCGCGACAGCUCUGACACAACUCCUCUCUUAAAUGGAUCAAGCCAGGACAGAAUGUUUGAGACCAUGGCUGUGGAGAUUGAACAACUUCUGGGAAAGCUGACUGGAAUAAAUGACAAAAUGGCAGAAUACACAAAUAGUGCGGGAGUCCCGUCCCUGAAUGCUGCACUGAUGCAUACGCUACAGCGCCAUAGAGACAUAUUGCAGGAUUAUACGCACGAAUUCCACAAAACCAAAGCGAACUUUUUGGCAAUACGAGAAAGGGAGAAUCUGUUGGGAUCAGUACGAAAAGAUAUCGAAUCCUAUAAAAGUGGGUCUGGCGUGAAUAACAGAAGAACAGAACUAUUCCUGAAGGAACACGAACACCUUCGAAACUCAGAUCGACUGAUAGAAGAAACAAUAAGCAUUGCCAUGGCAACUAAAGAAAAUAUGACUUCGCAGAGAGGGAUGUUGAAGUCAAUACAAAGCAAGAUGAAUACCCUGGCUAAUCGGUUUCCAGCAGUGAACAGCCUGAUUCAAAGGAUCAACCUUCGGAAACGACGAGAUUCUCUCAUCUUAGGUGGCAUUAUUGGCAUCUGUACCAUCUUACUGCUGCUGUAUGCUUUUCAUUGAUGGAUGUUCCCCUGUGGACUCUGCUAAACUCAUCACCACCAUCCCUCCCCCCCAGUCAAGGCAAAGUGAGUGGGGGAAGCGACAGACUUCAAACAGCCUGUUCGUUAUGGCUGGGAAUAUCAGCAUGAUGUCUAGAGCUUAUGACGGUAGACUGCGACACUGGUUUGGGGUUGAAGCUGCAGUGUUUCUUCUUCCCUGCUAUACAUCUUCCUUUGGUUAAAUCUUGUGGGCUUUGUUUGUCUUUAAUUCGCUUUGUCACUGCAAGGUAAGUAAAUAUGGGACGCUUACCAGAACUGCUAGAACAGUUGCUGUGCUCAGCAGUGCUGGGGGGGUCUGUUGUUGGCUGGUAAGUGGAAGAAGAUUUAUGCUUGCCUUGGGUGGAAGCUCUGCAGGAAGCCUGGUUCCCCUGUAGGCCGACCACAGCACUGAACACUUUUGCCCUGUGAGAAGAAUAUUGCAGCUUUAAGCCGUCAGGUUGCUUUACUACUAAAUACAUGUUCUGUAAUUCUUUUUAACUCAUGGUUGAGAUACUAGUUAUUUCUGCAUAAUUUGUGCUGUGAAAACUGUGCUUCACACAAAUUCCUCAAAGUGUAAAAAAAAAAAAGGGGGGAGGGGUUUCAGAUCACUUUUUGCACAGAAUAUGAAUAAACAACCCUCUGAGGAAGAUUUGCAAGGUUUCUUGUGGCUUUAAAGGGACUGCCAAGUCCCCCUUUGUAAAAAGGGAGCACAGUGUCCUAGCAGCUGUUUACUAUAGUGUUCAGUCAUCUGAAAAGUGACCAAACAUGAGCUCACCUAAAAGCAGUCUUUUGGGUGUAAAUGCUUUGAUUUUGGCUGGCAUCAUAAAGGUCUUUAUAAAGACACGAUAAGCAGUUUGAAAAGUCUAUAUUGUAAUUUAGAUAAAGUUAUUCUAAUAGCGUUAAUAUUUUUACACUGUAAGUAGGAUAUAAUCUAAACUGUCAGUUGGAAAUGAAAAUUAUGAUGGUUAUACCUGAGGCAAAUGUAUCUGUGUGCAAAAUUUUUGGACAUAACUCCUCAUAGUAAAGAGUUGAAUGUAUGAAUAGUGAAAUAAGUAUUACUUACCAUUACCGGGGGAGGGGGGGAGAAAAAAAUUUUUUUUUGUCCAGACAUGCAACAUGGAUCCUGUUGUGUUUGCAUCUCUAAACAAAGCUGACGUAAGGAAUGGCUUUGAUAUUGCAGAUUUGCAAAUUACAGAUUUUUCUGCUCUUUUCCAUCUGUCAUAUCCUAACCCAAUAAAUUCGAACUGAGGCACUGAAAUAUCUUUCAAAGAACUUGAUUAACUCUUUUCACAAUCAAUUUGCAGUGCUCCUAACAGAUUUCUUGUAUGCCAUUACCCACAAAUGUCAGAUGGUGUCCAGGUUCUCUUCUGGAAUGAAGUCUAGCAGGACAGACGCAAUUUUUUACUGCUUUUUAUAGUGUCUGUGAAGUAUCUGUCGGAGGGAGUAGAGACUUGUGCCUGUGUAGUGUGCAAAACCGCACUGUUGCGCCUAAAACGUCUGUAUGGAUUUGAAGGCUUACUUGCAGACUAAUAACUUUGUGCUAAAAAGUCAACAAAGGCUUCUAAUCAGUCAUCUUGUUGUUGGGAUUAGAAAGCAUUUGGAAUUAAUACGUGUAAAACUGUGGGGCUUGUAUUUUAAAUAAAGGGGGGAUUAUUUGGUUGAUUGGGGGAUGUUCCUGGUUUGAAAUGAUGUGUUCAUUAAAGGGGUUUAUGAAAAACCUUGAUGGAUAAAGGAGGUUUAUUAAUGAAUCUGUGUUUUGGGAGACCAAACCUCUUCUCCCCAAUGCUUUUUCUUCGAUUUCACCACCACCAUAAGGGACCCUGGUCAGCAGUCAUGCUUCUGUUUAGGAUUUGUAGGAUUUGUUUGCUCUAUGGUGGCAAUAUGAGAUCUGCAGUACCGUAAAUAAAUUCACUUAUUUAAUCUUAUAACCAGUCUUUUUACUGGACUUAAUUGAUUAUUUGGUGCAUAUAUUUAAUCUUAUUGUGUGGAAAAAAGCUGCUAUGGAAAAUAUGUAGAUUAUAAUAAAUAUGUAAACAUAAUUGAUUUUUCAUGUUAUGAAAAUGUUAUGGAGGAACUGAUAUAUAUUUUAGUAUAAAAUAAUGGAAAUAUGCUGAAUUAUCUCUGAUAAAGCUUUACUGGAAAUGGUUUCAGUGUUGGCAACCCCUCCAUGGGCUUUUUUUUGUGUUGGUUUUGAGACGGUUUUGUGUUGAAGAAUACAUUUAAUUAACUGUGUCGUCUCCCCUUCAUCAUCUUCUUGUGGUCCUCCAGCUGUGGGGGCAGGCGUUCCGCACUGCUCUCUGAAGCGGUGUGCUCGCACGUAGCCGAGGGGAGAGACUUGCUAAUUCUCCUGCGCAUCUCUAAUAACGUGGCCCUAGGGUGAAGGCAAUGGACUGUAAAUGAAAACAGUGGAUUGUAGUAUUUCAUCUCAACCCCCCAGAUAUAGGUUUGUAUGUCUCCUGUUGCUAAAUAUGUUCUCUACAUUUUGCAUUCUGUGUGGUUCCUCCUGCUCGAAAAAAUGUGGUUAAAGAAUUCUAAUUUCUGCAAUUCCUGGCCAAGUUGCAGUUUUGUAACUCAACCAAAUAGAAUUGUGCUACGAAAAUACAAACGACAUGAGAAAAUCCUUAAUAUUUCUACAGGGCACACUUCACGCACACACUUUCUAAAUUUCUGCUUUACUCUUGCCAGUCACAAGCCCCUAUUUUAAACCUCUCCAACAACCCCUUGGCUCAGCAUUAGAACAUCAGGCAUCGCAUUGGUAUCUUUUGACGCCACGCUUCACACGGACGCCAGUAUUUUUAUCCUUGCUUUUUAGGCUAUUUUUUUACACGUUGGUCUGCUCCUCAAGCACAGGUUGCUAGAGCCAAGGACCGGCAUUCGGGCAACAC